ACCCGGUGUGGAGUACAUCUAUGUAUGUGGUAUGCCAGGGUUUGUGUCCUUGCUGUAGUUGCUGUAUUUUUAAAUAAUACAAAUUAAUUAUACAUUAAAUAAAAGAAAUACCUAAAAUAAAAUCCGUUUCUGAGCCGUUCGCAUCCAUCACAAAUUUGUUAGUGCCAGAAAAUGCUUAAAUAUUUGGCGGGUAUCUUCACCAAUCCACGCAAUGACUACGCAAAUGGUCGCCUCAGCAUGCCCCGUCCCAAAAAGCUGCCCAUGAUUCGCCCUUCUCCUUUAACGCAGUCGCCCCAGGUGAAGAUAUCCAAGAGGAAUGUCAUCAAUGGCGGCCGAUUGGGAAACGUAAGGCUUAAGCCGGAAAACGGAGGGGCACGGCGACGUAGUGAGGGAAAUCCACAUCUGCCGCGACACCACAGCCUAUCCUCCCAGAAAAUCAACAAGUUCGGCUUGGAUCCCAUCAGCUACAUAGUAAAUGUGGCUGAUUCUACUUCAUCCCACGACGAGGAGUCUGUGCUACAAUUACCCAACGCGGCAAUCAAACUGAAAGCGGCCAGGCAUCGGAAACAGGAUUACGGACAUGUCAUCCCACCGCCAGUUAGUCGCGUACCCAGUUGGUCGGGUCCUUUGAAUGCCAAUCCCUUCAACAAUCUGGAUGACCAGAGCAAUUGGAAGCUGGAUUCCAUCGCUGGAGAUGAAGACACAACGGGUUGGGAUGCGAUUUGUCUGCCAGAUGAGUUUUGACCAGAGGCAAAUAUAAAUAAAAAAAUAUAAUGUAAA